UCUACUUAAACCUACUACAUUUGUAUGCAGUGCACAUGCAUGCAAAGCUUUUCACUGAAGCAAUGUUAAAAUUAAUGUGAUUUAAUAUAUGUGAUAUACAUUGUUCUAAACAAUAACAAGAAACAAUCUAUUCAAAAAUGUGGUUUAACAGAUGCAUUCAUUUUUACCAAAGAACAGUGACACUCCAUAGAACAGCGUCUACCGUUGUCAACGUUGAUAAGAGCGCCAAUGAGCUGGUGCUUCUAGGUCAGAAAUAUGUGACGGAUGAAUGGACGAAUCUCCCUGAAAAAAUAAUUACUAAAUUAGGAAGAAACUUGCACGUCACGCAGUAUCAUCCUCUGUCGAACAUACGUCAGCGCAUUGUAAAUUACUUUUACGGACAGUUCCGUAGCAAGAGUGGAACUCCGUCGUUCAGUAUCCACGAUAACAUAUGUCCCAUAGUCACAGUGGCUCAAAAUUUCGAUUCUCUCUUGGUACCGAAGGAUCAUCCAAGCAGAAGGAAGACCGAUUGUUACUUUGUGAAUCGGGACACGCUGCUGAGAGCGCACACAACCGCGCAUCAGGCAGAAUUGAUCGCUAUGGGGCUGAACAAUUUCCUGAUCGUUGGCGACGUGUACCGACGUGAUGAAAUCGACACUACGCACUACCCUGUCUUCCACCAAGCUGAUGCAGUCAGACUGCGUACGUCGCAAGAAGUAUUUCAAAAUGUCAACGAUGUGGAGAGUCUGAAGUUGUUUGAGCACAGAGGAACGGAAACUCCGCAGAAACAGAGUUGUCAUACCUUGGAAGCGGUGAAGAUAAUGGAGCAGGAACUGAAGAGCACUCUGACUGGUCUGGCACAAGCACUCUUUGGCAAAGAUGUGCAGUGCCGAUGGGUCGACCAGUACUUCCCGUUUACCCAUCCAUCAUGGGAAUUGGAAGUGUCGUACAACGACAAGUGGCUUGAAGUAUUAGGUUGUGGCAUAAUGCGUCAAGAGAUCCUUCAGAACUCUGGCGCGACGGAUCGGAUCGGCUGGGCGUUCGGUCUCGGCUUGGAGCGCUUAGCCAUGUGCCUGUACAGUAUUCCAGACAUCAGAUUAUUCUGGAGCAACGACAUGGGUUUCCUGCACCAGUUCCAAGUAGACGAUCCUAACGCGCAGAUACAGUACAAGCCCAUCAGCAUAUACCCAACUUGUACAAAUGAUAUAAGCUUCUGGUUACCGGAAGACGGGAGUUACUCCUCGAACGAUUUCUAUGACAUAGUCAGAGAUAGAGCCGGUGAAUUCGUUGAACGGAUAAUACUGAAAGACGUAUUCACGCAUCCGCAGACGAAAAAAACGUCUCACUGUUACAGUAUAGUGUACAGGCACAUGGAACGCACUUUGACUCAAGCCGAAGUCAACAGAGUACAUCGUGUAAUAGGAGAGAAAGCAGCUGCUAAGCUCAAUGUAAUUAUUAGGACUUAAGAAUAAAGUGUUUUCCUUACAAAA